AUGUUGUCUAUGAUGAGAUCUGUGAGCAAGAGUAGCCACGAUGAUGACGUCGAUAGUCCAGGUGUGGAAAAGUUGAAGCAGGACCUCGACAACAGGUUGCCGUUCCACGAGAACAGGUGGAUGUGUCUCACCCAGCCUACGAGUGCCGUUCUGUGCUUGGGAGCAGUGGCGCGCCUCGAAGUCACCAUCGUGAAGGCGAAGGACCUCAUACUUAACGAGGGCACAGGUGUGGCAGUGCGCACAGAACAGCCGAAACCAUUUGUCAGAGUGUACCUAGACGACAAGGAGGUCGCCGAGAGUACACGCGGCAAGAACACCCGCAAUCCGGAUUUCAAUUACAGCUGCAACAUCGACGUCGUCGCGGCGAAGUCAAUGGUGCGUUUUCAGGUAUACGACAAAGACAUCGAGGACGACGGCGCUCGAGAUCUGUUCAAGGCCAACAUGGCCGAGGUUUCCGUGGCCGACGGGAAGAAGCAGUCGUCGCUGCAGCAUUCCCUCGGUUUUGUGGAGGUGUGCCUCGCGGACAUGCCGUUCGACGAGGAGCUCAUUUGA